GCUUAGGUAUUUCAGACGGGACGGUCACGGAGCAUCAGCCGGCCUAUCUAAGGCAUGGUCAGUAUAUAUACCUGCCGAAAUAGAUAGUGCGUUUGCCCUCUCGACGACGUACACGGCGGCGACCCGUUCUUUCGACAUCUGCGGUCUGACAAUGCGAAACUGGGCCAAGUGCGCUUUGGCGGUCUACCUGAGCGUCCAAGCCAGAAAAGCAACAGGCACGCCGCAGUUCCCGAUUGGGCUGUCCCUGGCUCCGGUCCCCGAAUUUGCAGAGAACUAUUGUCCCCAAUUCGCUCCGCUAUACCCAAAGACACACCAUGACAUAGACGAGGUUCUGGAGGAUGUGUAUGGCACCGAAGAUUUCUUGCUAGAGGUUGUGAAUGCUAUGCAGGCAGUCGUGCGUAUACCGACCGAGUCCUAUGACGAUUUCGGACCAGUCGGAGAGGACCCUAGAUGGCAGUCUUUCGUGACCUUUCACGCUGAGUUGGAACGGCUUUUCCCCUUAGUACACCGUAAACUGCGCGCCACCAAGGUCAAUAAACAUGCACCCGUAUUCCACUGGCAGGGGACCGACGAUACCCUCCUUCCUGUCUUACUAACAGGCCACAUAGAUGUCGUCCCUGUGGAGCCGGCCACGCUGGACUUGUGGGAGCACCCUCCGUAUUCGGGCUACUAUGACGGUACUUGGCUUUGGGGCCGUGGUAGUUGCGAUGACAAGCCGGAUGUCGUUUCACUCUUGCGCGUAUCAACAAUCUCGCUACAGGGAUUCACUCCCCGUCGCAGUUUCGUUUUCGCUUUUGGAAUAGACGAAGAAUCUGCUGGAUAUGCUGGUGCCUAUCACAUCAGUCAAUACCUAGAAGAGACAUAUGGUCGCAAUGGCUUCGCCGCUAUCCUCGACGAAGGCUUGACAUAUGGUACCCGUUACGGCGGAGACGUCAUCUUCGCUACUCCUUGCACCGCCGAAAAGGGCUAUUUCGACCUGCGCAUCGAAAUUUCCACCUUGGGUGGCCACUCUAGUGUUCCUCCCCGGCAUACCGCUAUUGGUAUGCUAGCGUCCGUUAUCACACUUCUAGAGGCUCAUCCCCAUGAGACUGUACUGUCUCGCGAAGGCACGGCCUUCCAAGAGCUCCAGUGUGCCGCUUCCUACGGCCCCGAGGUUCCAGAUGUCAUCAGGAGGCUCGUCAAGGCCGCUGUAGACGACGACAAAGCACUGGAGCAGCUCCAAACGGCGUUCCUGGAGUGGCAACCGGCCGCCGCGGCGGAGAUUUCUACGACUCAGGCGGUGGACAUCGUCUUCGGCGGCGUCAAGGUCAACGCGCUUCCGGAGAAGGUGACUGCGAUCGUCAACCACCGCAUCGCGGAGCACAGCUCUGUCCGCGAGCUCCAAGAGCGGACGGCCAAAAUCUUAAAGCCCGUCGCGGAACGGUACAACCUCACGUUGGACGCGUUCGGCAAGAACAUGACGACUGGCGGUAGUGGACGGCUCGCGCUCUCCGACGCCUUCGGCACUGCACUCGAACCCUCGCCCGUCACACCGACGGGGCACAGUCCCCCAUAUGUCUUGCUCGCCGGCACCAUUGUUGAAGCGAUGCGCAAGAAGUUCGGCGCUGGCGGACCGAAGGUUGUCGUCCAGCCUACUCUGGCUCUCGGCAACACCGAUACUAAACGUUACUGGAAUCUGACGAGACAUAUCUUCCGCUACAGCCAUAUCUCCGCGGAUGCUCUCUACAAUGGCGCGCAUACGAUCAACGAGGCCAUCAAGCCCACUGCCGUCGUAGAGAAGAUCGGCUUCCAUACUAAGUUUAUUCUAAACUGGGACGAAGCAGACAUCUAGCUCGUGCAGACUGGGCGGAGGAUAUAAAGUACUGGUGAUGUUCGGAUUAUGUCGGAAUUCUGGCUAUAUUAUGUCUGUUGUGCUGAACAAUCCAGCACGACGUUGACAGAUGUUUGAGGCCCAGUGCCGACUCCCGUUCUGCAAGGUUCAAUUUACGUACCGUGAUUGUGGUGAUGCGUGCGAACUGUCAUGGAUGUUCACGGGUUCUACCGCCUUCAUAUGCCUGGAUUCUACGCUAUUGGCUCCCCCUCAAGACAGAUCGCCGGCCAAGCAUGUUGCGAGGCCUCAAAUCCUGCCUUCUCUUGCCCUGCUUGCUCUACCUGAUGCUGUAUGCUGUCUCUAUCGCGUCGAGACUUACCCAGGACACAUUGCGGAUUCCGUCUGCGGAGAUAGAGCGAUUUGCUCCUACAACGGAGUACUGCCCGCAGUACCCAGCCUUGUACCCAAAGCGACACAACGACCUUAAUCUUGCACUCCAGAGACUGUACACAGCGGAAGGCUUCCUGCUGCAUGUCGUGGACGCUCUGGGAGCGGUCGUGCGCGUACCGUAG